AUGAAACAAUUCAAAUGGUUUGAUUAUAUUCAAGAUGAAGAAGAUUCGGGAAAGUAUCAGCUACAGCGGGUGGAAGAAUCAAUCAAGUACGUUGCAAACUUUGUAGAAACGGCAGGACCUUUUGAUGGUAUUUUUGGAUUUAGUCAAGGUGGUACUAUGGCUUCACUCAUUCUGCAGAGACAAGUAAAGGGUCUUGACUUGUCCUUUGCUUUUCGGUUCGCCUUUUUCAUAUCAGCUGGAGCUUGUGACGACCCAAAAUAUGCAAGUGAUGUGAGAGUGGAUUUGCCAUCGCUGCACGUUAUUGGCGAGACGGACGCCGUGGUGGAAAACGACAAAAGUCUUGCACUUAAAGAUCUUUUCAUCGAGGCCAAAGUGCUGAUGCAUGCUGGGGGUCACUAUAUCCCCACGAACAAAGAGCCUAAAGACAUGUUCCGAGCUUUCUUCAAAGAGCUCGAUGAAGAUGGCCUGAGAAAGUAG